AUGGGGAGCAAACGCGGCCCGGAAAUUGCGCAUACCAAAGCAAGGGUUUUGGCAGGUGACCGAGGAGCCGUCAAACCGCCUUAUGCAGCCCCGCCGGAAUCAACUCUACACGUGUGGAAAGGUAAUGGUCGUAUUAGAAGGCCGCGUAAAAGCGUAGGGAUUUGGGGGGGCAUCGUUGAGGAAAACAUGCGCGAAUGCGGCGCGAUAGCGGGGGGCCAUGAGGCCCCCACCGCGCGUUAUGAAUUCAUAGGGUUUUGUUUCAACCACGCGGCUAAGACGGUAUUUCUCAGUGAGAAAACAUUGCAGAAAUUGAAGAGCGUUACGCCCCUCCGAAAGAAUUUGGUUGGGGAAUUGAAAGACCCAACUUCACGCACGAUGUGUGCGGCGGGGGUUCACAUUUCCGUCAUUAUUUCUUUUUAA